AUGAAGACAACUGAUCCUCCUGCUGAGCUCAAGAUCCUGGAUCCUGGGUACUUGGGUCACCUGUACAUUAACUGGACUCUGCCUGCAAGCCUGCGAAAUCUGAACAAUUGCUUUGUUCGAUUCCAGCUUCAGUACUUUGAUACCUCUGAGAACAGGUUGAAGGUGGUGAGAACAACAGAGCACAGCUAUAGCGCCUACUUCAACCUGGAGAAGGAUGCUCACGUGAGGGUAGAGACCCUCAUUAGCGGGCCUUGUGUUAAUGGCUCCGAUGAGCUCCGCAGCAUGUCCUCAGAGGCUGUUCUACGAGCCCACUCAAGAGGUCUCCAUGGCUCCAAGAUUGAAGACCUGACAUGUGUAUUCUACAAUGGGGAAUAUAUGGAUUGCAUCUGGACGAAGAAAAACACAAAACCUCCACAUUCCCACUACCAUCUGUACUUCUGGCACCAAGGCAUGGAGCAAGCCCAGGAAUGCCCUCAAUACAUUGAGUUGCACAGAGAAAGGACUGGCUGCAGGCUAUACUGGCCUUUGCUGCUUGAGUUUACAGAGUUUAAUAUCUGUGUGAAUGGUUCUGCCAUGGGUCUCCCCCUGCAAGCGGCCUACUUCAUUCUGCAGGUACAGAAUCAAGUGAAGCCAGCUCCUGUGAAGGCUCUGAACCUGGAACCCACCAUGGAUGGGCAGUUCCUUCUGGAAUGGGCACCGCCAGAAGGGAGAGUCCCUGGGCACUGCUUGGAGUUUGAGGUGGAGUCUGUGGCAGGGGACACAGAGGGUCCAAAGGAGAGGAAAAUCACACGAUUGUGGUCGUUCGUGGUCUCCCGACCAGACCAGUGCACAAGUGUUUGCCUGAGGGUCCGUGGCAGAGUGCACCACUUCUGUGCUGACAGAAGCUUUUGGAGCGAGUGGAGCCAAGCGCUCUGCACACCACAUGGGGCUGGGCUCCCUAACCUCUGUGUGGAUUAAAGGGAGACCUUUGUGUGGGCGAAUGUUGCCCUGACAGGGGACAGUAUGCUGAUGGUGCAUUCCUUACCCUCCUUCAAAGACCGACUGCCUUCUUGCCUCUACAGAAGCUGCUGAGCUUGAGGGUCUUGCUGUAACUACCACCCUCUUCUAUCUCUGCUUAUUGCUGUGUGAAACUCUAUGAACAGAGCAACUGCUGGACUUAUUUUUAAUUAUGAACAAUUUCUGAUGAUAAACGGGUCCUCCACAAGUCUACACAAAGGGAUAUUAAGUCCCUAAAUAUUCUCAACUUCAUACCAGCUUGUAACUAACAACUGAAGCAAAAUUAAAACCAGGCUUGAGGGCUUGACUAGUGGGGGUUAGAGGAUGUUUAUCCCCCCUCCUUGUGUCUUUCCAUUCACAUCCUGUAGCUGGGACUCUGGUUAAAGCCUGAUCACACUAUACUCUAACCAGAUUGCUAUGCUCCUCCUCCUCCUCUGCCCGCUUGGUGGUCCCAAGCACAAAAGGUCCAAAAUGAAAAGCACAGACAUUUUCAGUUGUGGCUCCAGUGUAGUGGAAUGAACUCCCGCUGUCACUCAGAACUGCUGAAUCUCAAUCACCAUUCAAGAAGGGUCUUGAAACUCGCCUCUUUUGAAGUCUCUACUACUCUGAUCUCCUUUGUGCCCUCUAAAUGUGUACUAUGGCAUCUGUUUAACCUAUUUGCACCUACUUGUGUAAUGUAUGCUAGUUCUUACGGUGGUAUGUUACGAAGUGACUGUACCCAAAAAUCAUGUGCCAGCAUCCAAAUCUCUCCUCCUGUCAGCGUAGCAUGGGAGGGGUGGGACGGUACAGUCAUUCAGUCCAAAGAUGAGUGUUUUUCGGGUACAGCUAGUACAACUGCCUUUCCUGCACUAGUUGUUCUCGUCAGGAAAGUCACAUCGGCCACUUCAUGCGUUAACAGGUUGUGAUGCAGAAUGGGGAAAAAAAAUAGCAAAAGUGGCUAACCCAGCUGGACGCAGGGAACCUGACAUAAGAAUCCCCUGCCACAAUGCUUAUUGUUCUUAUUUUUAUCUGUAAACUUCUGCAUAAUGCACUGCUGAAAGUGUACAACUUCUUUUAGUACUGUUAAAGCUUUCCAAAAUAACAGGCUAUCAUACUAUAUUGCCAGUUGUCUUGCCAGUUUA